GGUUUUUUUCUAUUUUUCUAACUUUAACUUUGGCUUCGCGCCGGAAGUCGUUGGAGGUUUGCGGGCCGUGAUGGGGCCGCCGGGGGACGAGCUGGCGGCCGCAGAAACGUUCCGCUGUGAGACGGAGCUGAUCCUGCAGCUGGCGGUGCAAUCUGCGGUGUGCGUCCUACAGGAGAGGACGGGACAUGCGGGGGAGGACCGCACGGAGAGCCUGACUCAGCUGAGCGUCGUCUUGGAUGCGAUGGCGAGGGAAGCCCUUCGUAAAAUCUGCAGAGUUUUCGGGGAGCUGUACGCGAGUUUAGCGAAAGAGAACGAAGCCACGAAGAACAAAGUGAGACGUCUGGAGGCCGAGCUGAGGACGAAGGACGACAAGACGUCUGCUGAGAAGAGCGAAACACAAACGCUCUACAAGAUCAAACCAUCAGAUGGCCCCGCCCUCUCACUCGACAUCAACCAAUCAGCUGUCAGCCCUGCCGCCCUCGCCAUGGCGAUCCUCAGCUCCUCUAAAUCCAGACGUAAAGCCCGCAGCAGCCCUCAGGUGCCGCUGGUCAUCAUCAGCCAGCCGGUCCCCCCCACCACCACCACCACCGGCCCGACGAGCCCCGCCCCCCCGCCGCCGUCGCUAGGGAAACAGGAUGAAACGGUCACCGAGGCGACCGCCACCGAGCUGGAGUUGGACGUCAUCCAGCUGACAGAUGCCGACGAAACCUCUGCAGAGGUGAUUCAGUCCUCCUCCGACAUGACAUCACUUCCUGUGGUUAACGAGCCGCCACCGAGCGAGGCGACGGACGGCGAAGACACGCCCACACAGGAAGCAGCGUCUGGUGAGGAGGAGAAGAUAGAAACUGAGGAGCAGACGCCUGCUGACGGUCAGACAGCUGUGGGUGAUGAGGAGCUAAAGGAGCAGGAGAGGAAGAGGAGGAGGGAUCUGUACAAAGAGAAGCGUUUCUUCUGUGAGCUCUGCAACAAAGGUUUCCAUCAGAAACACCAGCUGAGCAAACACGUGUCCUGCCACCGCAAACCCUUCCCCUGCAGCUCCUGCGACAAAGGCUUCUACAAGGCCAAGACGCUGCAGAAACACCUUCAGUCUCACCAGCUUCGGGAGGCGCAGGAGAACGACCCCGACAAGCUGCUGCGCUGCGACCAGUGUGACAGGAAGUUCAGGCUGCUGCGCCAGCUCCGCGUCCACCAGGCGUCCCACCAGCUGCAGAAGACGCCGCUGCAGUGCAACUCCUGCGACCGCACCUUCACCUCGGCCGGCGCGCUCCGCUACCACGAGGUGUCGCACGCCGACGUCAAGCCGUUCAUGUGCGACGUCUGCGGGAAAGGUUUCACCAGGAAGAAGAGCCUCCGCGAGCACCAGACCAUCCACACCGGGGCGCGGCCGUACCCCUGCCAGGCCUGCGGGAAGAGGUUCUCCACCGCCAGCAACCUGCGCGUCCACAAGAGGUCGCACUCCGAGGAGCGGCCGCACAAAUGCUCCGAGUGCGACAAAGCCUUCAAGUGUAAGAUGGGUCUGCUGCAGCACCGCGUCGUCCACACCGGGGAGAAACCCUUCGUCUGUCAGACCUGCGGGCUCAGCUUCGGACUCAAGUACAACUUCCAGAGACACCUGAGGCUCCACAACGGAGAGAAACCCUUCAGGUGUGAUAAAUGUGGGGAGGGCUUUUCAGGGACGUGGGCUCUGAAGACUCACAUGCUGGUUCACGGCGUGGAGAAACCCUUCAUGUGCGACCUCUGCGGGAAGACGUUUUUCUACAACUGUCAGCUGCAGAAGCACCAACAGCUGGUCCACGACAGCAAGGGUGGCGUGCAGGGAGAGACGGGCGCGGGGAUCGGGGCGGUGGGGCACAGGCAGACGGGAGUGCGACCGUUCAGCUGUAAGAUCUGCCUGAAGAGCUUCAGCAGCAGCUCCAGUCUGAGGAAGCAUGAGAAGAGCCACACGGAGAACCAGGAGUUCACCUGCGACACCUGCGGCAGGUCCUUCCACCAGCGCCACCUCUACCUGUACCAUGUCCGGCAGCACAGCGGCGACCGCCCGCACGUCUGCGGCGUCUGCGAGAAGGGCUUCCUGCUCCUGUCGCAGCUGAAGCGCCACGAGAUGCUGCACACCGGCGUCAAACCGCACAAGUGCCAGCAGUGCGGGAAAGAGUUCAGGACGUCGCAGAACUACCACCGACACCUGCUGGUGCACACGGGGGAGAAGCCCUACGAGUGCGGCGUCUGCAACAGGAAGUUCAGGCAGUCCAACCAGCUGAAGUCUCACAUGCAGAUCCACACCGGCGUGAAGCUGUACACCUGCGAGCGCUGCGGACACGGGUUCUCCGACUCACGGCAGCUGAAGAAACACAGCUGUGGAGACGAGCUGCAUAACCCGCUGGAGUCCAAACACAGGAAGCAGAAGAACGUGUUCGGCUGGACGGACGGAUUCACAAACCAGUGAACCACCAUCCAAAGACCUGCUCCUCAUCCACAGACUUGCUCCUUAUCAACAGACUUGCUCCUCAUCCACAGACCUUCUCCUCAUCCAAAGACCUGCUCCUCAUCUACGGAUUUCCCCCCCUCAUCUACAGACCUGCUCCUCAUCCACAGACCUGCUCCUCAUCCACAGACCUGCUCCUGAUCCACAGACCUUGCUCCUCAUCCACAGACUUGCUCCUCAUCCACAGACCUGCUCCUCAUCCACAGACUUGCUCCUCAUCCACAGACUUGCUCCUCAUCCACAGACCUGCUCCUCAUCAACAGACUUGCUCCUCAUCCACAGACCUUGCUCCUCAUCCACAGACCUGCUCCUCAUCCACAGACUUGCUCCUCAUCCACAGACCUACUCCUCAUCCACAGACUUGCUCCUCAUCCACAGACAUGCUCCUC